UACUCCCCAUGCCCCAUCUGAGCACAUUACGUCAUGAGGAGUUGUGAUGAAGUUCUAGCCAGCCGUGCUCGUCGAGAGAUCAGAAGUCACUUCUCUGGACCUUCAAAAUCACGCUUUCCGUCCGAACAAUGACAAAAUCAGAUUCAUUUUUACCUUUGUGCCAUGUCAAUCAAAGCCCCGAAGAAAGACUUCGAUGUGCUCUGCGGAACGGCACCAUCGGACUUGGAAACAGAACAUCGGACUUAGAAACAGAACAUCUCGAUCUCGUUCAACCUGUCCGUCCUCUUCUUAUCAUCAGCUCGUACAUAUUAUGCGGAGUUCUGCUUCGUGGCAGCGUUAGUUUCACAGUGCUAGUGGCUCUGAGAAACAGCAUCAUAUUUCCAUGUGGCAGAACUGAGCUGGCUGUCCCACGCACCUGGGCCUGCAGAUGGGCCUGCAGAUGUCACUGCACGCGUCAUGCUCCUUCUUGGGAACCAAUUCGCUUUUCAAGUCUCUGAACUGUAACUUUUACUUGGACAUGGGAUCCGUGAGUAGCACCGUUUAUACCACCACUACUCUGUUGACAAAUCUCUUUGUGACCAGGGCUUUGAAGACCAAUCACAUCGUAACCAGGCAUCGGAUUGCUCACUUGGCUAAAGUCACCAUCCAAGAUACAGCUCUCGAUAAAUUUGCUGUUUUUUGUUUUUUGUUGUAGGUUUUGAUGGAUGGUUUCAGAAAAUCUGCGAGACGAAGUAUACUCAUAUGGUCAUGUGAAUGACUUCACUCAUAACUGGUGAAUGACUUCACCAGUUAUGAGGUUAGGCGAUGGAAACAGGUGAAUAUAUUCAUCAGUAAUGCGAAACUUACAUAAAGUCUAUAAGAGUAAGUGAAGAUUAUCGAAGAUUGUACUAUUCCAGAUUCAUGUGCGAGGCAGCCACGGAUUCAAGAGUAUGCCCGAUAUGUUAAAAUGACGUUCAUCAUACUGACAUGAUGAUAUGUCAUCAAUAUGCUCAACAGCUCAGAC